UAGGAAAACAUGCAAAAUCGGCAGUGUAUCAAAUACUUGUUCUCCCCACUGUAUUUAUCUACUACAGGGUCAAGGUUGGGGAGGACCACCUGACCACCUGACUCCACAGCUCCCAACUGACAGAGGGACAGAGAGAGAUGCACACCUGUUCAUUUGGAACACUCAGACAUGUGUUACUAAUCUGGUAACACAGGUUGGGGACCUGGACAAGUUUGGCUGCAAGAGGGGUUGGAUCAAAGCCACAGCCCAAAGGUGGGUUCCAAGGGAUCGGGCAUCUACCAUCCACUAUUCAGAUUCAGUGGGUUUGGAUCAAUUGACCCUCUGAGUUUCAACCUUCUCACAGAUUCUGGAAGGAUUUAAACUAUGAUUUAGCGUGGUUGAGACAAGAAGACUGCAAAGACAGACAUUGGUUUCCUGGAAUUUGUCAUAUCUUCACAAAGGAUCGUUUUUUUUACUGAAACUGUGUGUGGAAACUGACAUUUUCAAUUGUCAAAACAGAUAAACUAACAUCCCCAGAACACCCAAGAGUUCACAACCAUUUCAGACAAUAUGCACUGCCUUCCUCUUCCUUGUUCAUCUUUGCCCCGCCCCAUAAUGUCCGUAAGCCCCACCUUGUUCCUUGGACUAAUUCUGUUCCUCCAAUUUGGUCCCCCGAGGGCCAGGGCUCAGAAUGACACUGAGCCAAUCGUGUUGGAGGGGAAGUGCCUGGUGGUUUGUGACUCCACCCCCUCAUCGGAACCUUCGGGUAACGCUCUGGGGAUGUCGGUGCGGUCGGGGACUGGUCGAGUGGCAUUCUCCGCUGUCAGGAACACCAACCACGAACCCUCAGAGAUGAGCAACCGUACUAUGACCAUAUAUUUUGACCAGAUCCUUGUGAAUGUGGGCAGCCAUUUUGAUCCAGCACGGAGCAUCUUCGUGGCACCUCGAACAGGAGUCUAUAGUUUCUGUUUCAACGUGGUCAAGGUCUAUAACCGACAGACCAUUCAGGUGAGUCUGGUUUUAAAUGGACAUCCGAUCAUCUCAGCCUUUGCCGGGGACCAAGACGUGACCAGGGAAGCAGCCACCAAUGCUGGCUUGGUCACCAUGGAGAGAGGAGAUAAGGCUUAUCUCAAACUGGAGAGAGGGAACCUGAUGGGGGGAUGGAAAUACUCCACCUUCUCUGGGUUUCUGGUGUUUCCUUUGUAAGAAGGGAUGGGGGAAGGGGAGGGAGAGACGAGGGGGAGGAAUGUGGGGAGAUAGGAGUGAGAGAAUAAGAGAUGGGUAAGCAAGUGAGUAAUUGGACAGAUAGAGAGGAUGUGAGAGAUAGAGAGAGAGAGAGAGAGAGAGGAUAGGAUGGGAAAGAGAUAGAGGACAAGACAGACUGAGGAGGAGUUCGUAUAACAAAGGAGGAGGAAUUUGUAUUACAAAUGAGGAGUUUGUAUCACAAAGGGGGAGGGGUUUUGUAUUACAAAGGAGGAGUUUGUAUCACAAAGGGGGAGGGGUUUUGUAUUACAAAGGAGGAGUUUGUAUCACAAAGGGGGAGGGGUUUUGUAUUACAAAGGAGGAGUUUUUAUCACAAAAUCCUGAAUGGUACCAUUUUGCAAUAGACUUUUUUCUAUACACUGCUCCAGCAUAUGAAUGAUACUGUAGAUCGUACAGUAGGUGUCAUGCUUGUGUAGUUAUGUAUUGUGGAUCAUAUUCAACUUCCUUUGAUGCAUGAAAUGCUAAUAAUGACAUAAUAAUAAUAAUAAUUACAUAGAAAUAAUAAUUGUUCUAAAGGUAAUAAAAGACAAUGGAAUCUUUGUAGGUAAAGAUCAAUCAAGGACAGGCUUAACUGAAUGAACAACAGAGACAGAAUGUAAUCUGGCAUUUUAUUGUAUAGUUUUGGGGUAUGGCCUCGUCGCUGAGGAAUGCUACUUGGAGCAAGAUGAUGAUGACAGGUAGCCCUAUGAUGGGCAGCUGGCAUCGAACCACCCCACCCCCCUACUCUGAUAUACUUUAUGAAUGCAGGCCCAGAUCACAAAUGUAAUCAUAAGGGUGACACUGUAACUGUAUAAUAGAAGUUGACCUUACCACAGAUCUAGGAUCAGAUUCUAUGAUUCUAUGCUCCCUAUGAUAACCUCAACUGUUCGGGAGAUCACAUAAAAUCUAACCCUGAAUCAGUAUUGAAAGGGAUUACUUCCACCUUCUCCAAAGCUGUGCAUGUGUUUGUGCUGUAAAUAGUGCGGACACCUUCAACGCUUCGAGUGGAGGAGUCUGGGUAAGGACUCCUGCAGUUCACCCUGGUGGAUCCGGCGGCAGAUGGUAUUUUUGGCGAGGUGUGUGUGUGUGUGUUGCCUAUGGGUUUCAUACCGUACACUGUCACAACCAAUUUCUCUCGCUGCUUGAAUACCGAGAGGAGGCAUGUAAGAAUAUAUAGGAGGGGGUGUUGGUUUAUUCUUUAAAGAUGUGUGUGUUUAUAGAAGUGUUAAUAUAAGAUUAUAAGCUUAAUAUGUACUGAUAUACAGUUGAAGUCAGAAGUUUACAUACACCUUAGCCAAAUACAUUUAAACUCAGUUUUUCACAAAUCA